AUGACGAAGGAGGAGAAGAGAGAAAAGAAGAAACGGCGCGAGAUGGAAGGAGGAGAAGGGGAAGAGAAAGACAACGACGAGGACAAAGAAUUAAGGAAGAAGAAGAAGAAGAAGAAGAAGAAAAGUGAGAAAAAGGAAGGCGGCGGCGGGAAAGAAGAAGAAGAGGAAGAAGAAGAAGAAGAAGAAGAAGAAAAAGAAGGACGCAAAGACGGUAAGAGAGAUAAAACAAGCUCACUGCCGAAACCUGGAGACAAAAAUCACGUCGUCGUGCAAGUUGAUGGUAUUCUCUCCUCCGCGACGUUUGCGAGUUUGGACUUGUCCAAUCCGACGAUGCAAGGCAUCAAAGAAUUGGGACACGAGAAGAUGACAGAGGUGCAAGCGAGGUGUAUUCCUCCUUUGUUAGCUGGACGAGACGUGCUCGGUGCGGCGAGAACUGGCUCUGGCAAAACUUUGGCAUUUUUAAUUCCUUGUUGCGAACUUCUGUACCACGCUAAGUUUAUGCCCAGAAACGGAUGCGGAGUGAUGGUUCUCUCGCCCACUCGCGAACUGGCUAUGCAAAUCUACAGCGUCGCGCAACAACUCAUGCAAAAACAUUCUCAAACCCACGGAUUAUUGAUGGGUGGAGCCAAUCGACGAGCGGAAGGUGAAAAAUUAAUUAAAGGAGUAAACCUCCUCGUCGCCACGCCAGGCAGAUUACUCGAUCACAUGCAGAAUACUCGUGGUUUCCAAUACAGUUCGUUGAAAGUCUUCGUCAUGGACGAAGCAGACCGUAUGCUCGAUAUUGGUUUUGAGGAGGAGAUGCGUACGAUUGUAAAAAUGCUUCCAAAAGAUCGCCAAUCGAUGUUAUUUUCCGCGACACAAACCACGAAAGUCGAAGAUUUAGCACGUUUAAGUUUGAAAACGCCUUUAUACAUUGGAGUUGAUGAUUCUAGAGCCGUUUCUACUGCUUCCGGAGUUGAGCAAGGUUACUGUGUCGUUCCGUCUGAGAAGCGCUUUUUGCUCUUGUUUACAUUUUUAAAGAAAAAUUUGAAGAAAAAGGUGAUGGUUUUCUUUUCAUCCUGUAAUUCGGUCAAAUAUCACGCGGAAUUAUUGAACUACAUAGACAUCCCGGUUUCCGAUAUACACGGUAAACAGAAGCAGCAGAGGAGAACAACCACAUUUUUUGAGUUUUGCAAAGCCGAUCGAGGUAUCUUGUUGUGCACCGAUGUUGCUGCGAGAGGAUUAGAUAUUCCAGAUGUUGAUUGGAUAAUACAAUACGAUCCACCAGAUGAUCCGAAAGAGUAUAUUCACAGGGUUGGACGAACUGCUCGAGGAACCGACGGAAGAGGGCGCGCUCUGUUAUUCCUCAUUCCAGGGGAACUCGGAUUUUUGAAAUAUCUCAAGAACGCAAAAGUACCUCUGAAUGAAUACGAAUUCCCGCAGAAGAAAAUAGCUAAUGUACAAUCGCAGCUUGAAAAGUUGGUCGAGAAAAACUAUUAUUUGCACACAUCAGCAAAAGAUGCAUACAGGGCGUACAUUUUAGCGUACAACUCGCACACUCUGAAAGAUGUGUACAACGUUCAUGCUCUCGAUUUGGCAGCCGUAGGCUUAUCCUUUGGCUUCAGCCGCCCUCCAAAAGUGCAGCUGAAUUUAGAAUCAAAAGCAAGUAAAGGUAGGGGUAAAGUAUCAAAUGGUGCGCCUGGUAGUGAUUACAGAAGGCAAAAAGGUACUGGCCAUGGUUUUAGUGCGAAUAAUCCGUACGGGAAGAAGGAUUCGGGAGACUCGAGACAGUUCAUUCGAGGAUAA